CCGCCGAUAUAAGUAUGCGCCAGGUUCCUCGCCGUUCAUACGGCUCGGUGAAGGCAAGGAGUGCGCGUGCUCAACAGACAAUAAUCGACAAUGAUGGCGCGGAGGACAACAGGACUGGGAGCAGCAGGUCUGCUUCUGUUGGCGCUGUUCGCGGUGGAGGCAGUGGACGCGAUGGCAAGGGCAAGUUCACGUGUGGACAAGGUCAGGGAGAACUACAACCGUGUGUUGACGCUGUGGAAGAAGGGACCGCAACCCAGAGCUAUUGAAGUGAAAAACGAACUGCAGGGUGUGGGACCAAUGGAAGUAGUGCAUCCUCGCCAAACAGUGCUGCACCGCUGCGACGAGUUGGCUUGCUGCGGCACGAAGCCCAACCCGCAGGACCACCGCUGUCAACCGCACGUGGAGACCGUCACGCUCUGCUUCCAUGCGACGGUGGUGGGCACGCAGAGGAAACGUUUCAUCGAGCACCAGUUCCAGAACCACACGGCCUGCGAGUGCGUGUCCAGAUCCGAAGAGGGCCGGUGACGCCGACGGACAGUUAGCUCGCCACGCGCCCGGGCAGCGUAGUGGCAGUUCCCUCCCGGCGCACUUACACCCUUUGCUCUUCAGUAGUCUGCUAGAUACGAUUGUUCGGCGCUAGUGUUUUAUUCGGUUAGUGACAAUCAAACGAUUGUGGAAAAAGAAUGGGUGGAUGGCCUAGUUUGGUCUUGUAAAGUAUUGUAGGAUGUUUCACUUCAUUGGAACAAGUGAUUAUUUGCAACAACGCAAUAUGCUUGCAGGGAAGAUCAAUAUGUGAAAAUCUGGAACAGGAACACCUUCCUCAAACGUUUCCAAAAUAUUAACAGCUCAAAUCGUUUUGUGUAAAACACAUUUCGUGUCGUAAUAGGAAUAUUCUUUGAGUAAUCAGUGAGAGAAACACUUGUUAAUCAGUGAAAAUGUAGUUGAAAACCAAGACUGAUUUUUGAUAUAGGUACUAAUGAAGAUAUUGUUUACAAAUUACACUAUUUCAUAUGAUAGUUCAUUUUCCAAAUCAGAGUAAAAGGAAUACUGGACCUAAUAAUUGAAAUAGCCAGCUCCUUUUUCUUUAAAGCAUGCACUUAACUGGUAAUCCAUAGUUUCUAGUAGUCAGGGUAUCAGUAAAAGUAAAUUAUCCAAAAAAUUGAAAAGCAGAAUGCCCACAUCCUUUCUGAUGUUAAUAAUUUAAUUUUAAAAUGAAAACAUUUCAUUCCAACUGAAAAUGAUACUAAAUCGAAGUGUACAAGUGAGUGUAGUAAUCUUGAGAACUCUUUAGUUUUCAAUUGUGAUAUAUAGAAGACUGAAUAAUCCACUGUAUAUUUCCAGAAAACAGAUAUUUCUUAUAUUUCUUGAAUGACUUGCAAGGAAAAACCGUAUUAGAAUCCAUGUAUUUUGAAUGAAAAUGAGCUUUAUUUCUUGUUGAUUGAUUUAUGUGAUUUUUUAUUCUAGUCAACUGUAUUUAUUUUAUUUGUGCCAUAAAUUAAUUUAUUUUUAUAUUUUCUUAGUUGCUUCGUAAAACCUGGCCGUACUUUUAUCAUUCCCCAAAAAAUAUUGUACUCUUAAUAUUAUUUUUCACAAAUAGUAAUUCAUUUAAUUGGUUUUAGAUCAAAAAUUAAAUAGCAAAUUUUCUAGUAAUCUAAUUAUACCAUCCUAGUCUUCAUGAAAACAUUACAAUUAAUUUAUCAAACUUGCCAGGAUUUAACAAAUUCUAACUUUAUUUGCCUCGCAAGAAUAGAUGUUGUUUACUGAUAUUUAAUGUGAAACGUUGGCCUUUUUUGUAUUCAUUUUUAUUAAAUGGAAUAUUCAAA